UCAGGUCAGAUAUAUACUCAGUCCAUCAGCAGCUGGAGCAGCAGGAGAAGAAGAGCAUCAUUAGUCCAGACAUGGCAUUUCUUCAUCAGAGUCGAGGUUCUCCUAGACUUGUCCUGGUGGUGGUGUGUGUCGCUCUGCUGCUCGACAAUAUGCUGCUAACUGUGGUCGUACCAAUCAUCCCAACAUUCCUUUAUGCCAUGAGGCAUCCCAGUCCAGAGCCCCAGACUACCCAGCCCUCCCUGCUCCCUCUACCCAACCAUGGUCCAUCACGCCUGGGCAUGUUGCCUUCACACUCCCCAUUCCCCACACCAACCCUCCAGAAAUCACAGUCCUCAGAACUCCCUCAGUCCAACUACAGCACUGUGGUCCCGGAUAUACAGUCGAAGCAGUCUCCCCCCACCUUCUCCCCUCUGGUGUCUCUGUAUGACAACACAACCUUCGGUCUGCAGGAGGUCCAGACUGAACUGUCCUCCAACACCCAGUUGUCAGAGCAGAGCACUCUGCCCACAGACCUGCAGAUCAAUGACACCACAAAUGCUACAGAGUCCCCAUGUCUUCAGGACAGUGCGUUUCUGGAGGAGGAAAAUGUUCUUGUUGGUUUGCUGUUUGCCUCUAAAGCUCUCAUCCAGCUGCUGGUCAAUCCCUUCGUUGGUCCUCUCACUAACAGAAUUGGGUAUCACAUCCCCAUGUUUGCUGGGUUCAUCAUCAUGUUUGUGUCAACCAUCAUGUUUGCAUUCUCUGGAACCUACGUUCUGCUCUUCUUCGCUCGCUCUCUGCAGGGAAUUGGCUCAUCCUUUUCAUCUGUGGCAGGUCUGGGUAUGUUGGCCAGUGUGUAUACAGAUGAUGAGGAGAGAGGAAUUGCCAUGGGCAUCGCCCUGGGAGGACUGGCUAUGGGAGUCCUGAUUGGAGCUCCAUUUGGCAGUGUGAUGUAUGAGUUUGUCGGGAAGAGUGCCCCUUUCCUGAUCCUGGCUUUCCUGGCUUUGUUUGAUGGAGCAUUACAGUUGUGCAUCCUGCAGCCUUCAAAGAUCUCUCCUGGGAGUGUGGAAGGAACUCCAUUACUGACACUAUUAAAAGAUCCAUACAUCCUUAUCAGUGCAGGUUCUCUGUGUUUCGCCAACAUGGGGGUUGCCAUUCUAGAGCCAACACUGCCCAUCUGGAUGUUGCAGACCAUGUGCUCCCCUAAAUGGCAACUUGGUAUGGCCUUUCUCCCUGCCAGUAUCUCCUACCUGAUAGGAACAAAUCUGUUUGGUGUCUUGGCCAAUAAGAUGGGACGGUGGCUCUGCUCCAUGUUGGGGAUGUUUAUUGUUGGCAUUAGUCUCCUAUGUGUUCCUUUUGCGACCAGCAUCUACGGUCUGAUUGGACCAAACGGAGGUCUCGGCUUUGCUAUAGGUAUGGUGGACUCCUCCAUGAUGGCCAUCAUGGGCUACCUCGUGGACAUUCGUCAUGCCUCUGUCUACGGCAGUGUCUAUGCCAUAGCUGAUGUGGCGCUGUGUAUGGGCUUCGCUAUAGGACCAUCCACAGGGGGAGCUCUGGUCCAGGCGGUGGGUUUUCCCUGUCUUAUGGUGUUUAUCGGCGUGAUCAACAUCCUGUAUGCUCCGCUCUGCUUUCUGUUACGUAACCCCGCGGUCCGAGAGGAGAAAAUGGCAAUCAUCGACCAGGAGUGUGUGAUGCACCGGAAAAGCUACAACACACAGAAGGAGAGUCGUGAGUUUCCUCUGAGUGACUACAGUGAAGAAGAAGAAGAAGAAGAUAUGGAGUAACACACACAGGCACAUGCAAUCAUAUUGUUAUUGUUUACAUGUUUUACCUUCCUGCAGUCAAACGGUCAGAACAGAUCAGACAUCAGAUAUUUCUUAAAUGGAAAGAGUCGAGUAAAGUAAUGAACUGUUUAACUGGGUCUCACAUAUUCCUCUCACUCACAGUGUUAGUCAGUGUGUUUAUGUAACGUUGCAAAAAAAACAAAUGAUUGUUUUAAUUAAACCAGACUUUUUAAUCCAACUGAAAUGUACGAUAUCAAAUUUCUCAAAGUCAAACACAACCAGGUACUGCGACUUGUGAAUUGGAUUUCCACUACAUACAUUCAGUGAUACUAAAGCUGGCCUCGACUCUCUGCGCAUGCUCCACAGUUCCCACCCCCAAGCUUUGACCUGGAAAUAAUAGAAAAUACACAGAAGAAGACAAUUUAUAUUCUUGGAUAAUAGGAAGACUUGAAAUGGUGGCCUACAUGCUCACAACAGGUAAAACUAACACGCAGAAGGAGGGCUUAUCACCACUACGUAGAGGGGAGGCAGACACACUUGUGUGAAUGAAAUCCAUUCCCCACCAGUGCUCGUCCACUGGGACAACAACUUAGUGUUUGACGACAAAUGAUUAUACACUGUGUUACAAAUAUCUCUCAUGGCAAGUCAGAAGAGGCCAAAGGUCACACAAAAAGACACAUUACAACUACAAAGUAACACUAACCAAUAGAAGUCAAACAGGUUCAAUGGGAUGUAAUGCAUUGUUGCUACACCACAUAUUUCUCCAAUGGAAUCACAAAUUUACGGCAAAUUGUAAUUUAACAUGUGAUUUUGUUUUUGUUUUUGGAGAAAGUGAGCUAGUGUACGUGUAGAUAGAGUUUGGGGAAUUGUAUAGUAACAGUAUAAACAGUAAACAGUAAACAGUAAACAGUAAACUAAUUGUAUAGUUAAGUAGUUUUUUCCUGUCCACGCUACCAAGCUAGUUGAUUGAAAACACAGUUAAGUUGACUGUUUAAACUUUAAACAUUCAUACUUCAACUACAACACCAAAAAUGACUGAAUUUAUCAUAAUAUUGGAAAGUUAAUAACAUAUAAGAUAAGGAGGUCCUCUGUGGUGUGAAAUAUAAAGAAUGUAUUGGUUUGCCAUUAAAGAGUUCUGUGUAAAUUUAACCCAUUUUAAGGAACAUGUUCCUUCAUCUUCUUUAAUUCAUUUGUUUGAAAGAAAGUGUUGACUUGUGAAACUGAAGCUGACUCUGUAUCUGACCUUUGAACUGUCUCACCAUUAAAACCUGUUGUUUCCUGGACUUCACCUGUUAACCUGUGUAUUGUUUGCACCUGUU